AUGGUGGUGAUGAUGAUGGUGGUGAUGAUGAUGGUGAUGAUGAUGAUGGUGAUGUUGGUGAUGAUGGUGAUGAUGAUGAUGAUGGUGGUGAUGAUGAUGGUGAUGAUGAUGGUGAUGAUGGUGGUGAUGAUGAUGGUGAUGAUGGUGGUGAUGAUGGUGGUGAUGAUGAUGGUGGUGACGAUGAUGGUGGUGAUGAUGAUGGUGGUGAUGAUGAUGGUGGUUGUGAUGAUGAUGCCGAUGAUGAUGGUGGUGAUGGUAAUGAUUAUGAUGAUUAUGGUAAUGAUGGUGAUGAUUAUGAUAAUUAUGAUGAUGAUGGUAAUGAUAGUGGUGAUGGUUAUGAUGAUGAUGGUGAUGAUAGGGUGCUGGUCAUUGUGGAAAUAA